CAAGAAUGUAAAGAUCGCCAUUUGUUUUUAAGGAAAUGGCUGUAGUUUUUCAUCAAUCCUAGCAUCAUGACACAGUGGGAUCCACUACCCACCACUCUAACAACAUUUGGGCCUCUGAGUUCUGAGGAACAGCAGUCCUCAGGUUUCCUGUAUAAGCUUCUGAAAAGGACACAAAGAGGUAACUAUCAUGUUUCUAAGUCAUCCAGCAGCUCCCGUGAAGUGUCCAUAGAAAGAGAGAAGGCUCUUCCAACUGUAAUCCCAGAAUCACAACCGAAACAAACAGAUAAUGAGGGAGGGAGUGAUGAGGAUAGUGGGAGGAGUCGAGCAUCCUCAGGCAGUGAGUAUACUCGACAGACAUCCAUCACCAUGCAGCAGAUGGCCAACAGAACUCGAUCCAGUGUUCUCACUCGUCUCAGUAAAAUUCUGGAGGGAAGGAAUGUGACCCCUCAGGCAUAUAAAGACAGUGACUUUAAGCAGUACUGGAUGCCCGACAGCAGUUCCAGAGAGUGUUACGAUUGUGGUGAUCGAUUCACCACGUUUAGACGGCGGCAUCACUGUCGAGUGUGUGGACAGAUCUUCUGUAGUAGAUGUUGUAAUCAGGAAUUACCAGGACGCAUCAUAGGCUAUAAAGGUGGUAUCCGUGUAUGUACAUACUGUGGUAAGGUGGCUCUCAGUGCCCUGCAGACUGAGCCCACAGGAAACAUGCAUGUAGAGAAUGAUGAACUGGGGAACUCCACAGAGUUAGAGCAGUCUUCACACCAGAUCUGGGGCACCAAAGGGAGAUUAUCCUCAGAUCUAGGCUCUUUAAGGGGUACAACAAAUCCAAACUUCACCAGCCAAGAAUCUGUGACAGAUUUCUGCCCAGAGCAUAUUGAUGCCAUCGAUCCAAAAAUCCUUGAGGACUCUGCACAGCUAAGAGAGUUAUGGAGGAAGCUUUUAGAUCCCCUUUCUGGUGUAGAAAUGCAGAGCCACCGUGUCAAACUCAGCACAUACAGAAACUGUGUCAGCGGAAAUCGUGUGGUGGACUGGCUUCUAAGGAAUGAUAAGGUUGCUCAAAGAUUGCAGGCUGUAGCUAUAGGACAGGCUUUGUUAGAUGCUGGGUUUCUAGAAACCAUUGCUGGACAACCUAAAGUGUUCCAUGAUGAUUUUAAUCUGUACAAGCCUUCAGAGACCUCCCCAGUAGAUCCACCCCAAAUUGAAGUGACAGAUGUUGAAUCUUCAGAACAGAGCAUGGAGCCAGAAUGGUUCAAAUCCAUCCAGUCAGAUAUGUCUAUUGAAGAAUUUUCAGCUUCAGAAGAUUACACUGAAUCUAAGGAUGCAAGGAGCAUGAAGAAAAAAAGUUCUUUCACAGUUAGUCAGGAUUAUAGAACAAAUGGAUCUAAACAAGACAAUGAUGGUGUGGAGUUUGAGCCUCUACCUAGGACUGACUUAGAGGGACUAGGUGGACAGGAUGAUUUGAUAUCAGAUUCCAUGUUUACCAGUUCUCAGACUGUCACAGCAGAUCAGCUGUCCAGUAUGAACAGGGGGUGGAGACAUAUUGAGGCACUGAGAGAGGAAAAUGGAGAGAAAGCAGCUUUCAUAAAACUCAGGGAUGCCCACAAAGACCACUUGCGAGAUUUGGCCAGUCAGAUGUUGACACAGGAGGGACUGUCCAAGUCCUGGCUGGACAUCAUAUUAGGCACAGCUGACCGUAUUAGUCGUUAUGUUUGCCCAGAUGUGAGGGUAGAGAAUGACCACAUGGACAUUAGGAAAUACAUCAAGUUCAAAAAGAUUCCUGGAGGCAAUAAGGAACAAACAUGUAUGAUUCAUGGGAUGGUGUUCACCAAAAAUAUUGCCCAUAAAAAAAUGGCAAGUCAAAUUACCAACCCCCAAAUCCUACUGAUGAAGGGUUCUAUUGAAUACCAGAGGAGGAUCAACAAAUUCUCAUCACUGGAGCCUCAAAUAUUACAGGAGGAGGAGUUUUUGAGGAACAACAUAUCUAAGAUUGCCUCCCUGAAGCCUCGCCCAGACAUACUUGUAGUGGAGAACACAGUGUCUCGUUUGGCUCAGGAAUUCCUGUUACAGGAGGGCAUCACACUUAUCUUCAAUGUUAAAAUGAGUGUGUUAGAGAGACUAGCCAGAUUUACCCAGGCCUGCAUAGUGCCUUCAAUUGAUAGCAUCGUGAGUGGACCAAUCAUCCUAGGCUUCUGUCACAACUUUAAGGUGUGCAACUUCACACUCCCUCAUGGUGAGACAAAGACUAUGCCAUGUUUUGAUGGUUGUGCUACACAUCUUGGAUGUACAGUCACUCUUAGAGGGGGAACUGUUAGUGAACUUAAAAGGCUGAAGAAGAUAAUGAAGUGGAUGGUGUUUGUCUCCUAUCACUCUAAACUGGAAAUCUCUUUCUGUAUGGAUGAGUUUGCUCUACCCGUGAACAAGUCCCAGGCCAACUCUGUAUCACCUGGUAUGGAUGACCUGUCUGGCUCAAUGGAGGUCCACCAGCCACAAUCCUCCAGAACAUCACAGCAGACAACACCUGAUGAGGUGGCUCCCAUUUGUGAGGAGCAUGAGGAAGUGGAGGGUCUACCUGGAGUUCCCAGUGGGAUUGACAUGUGUGAUGUGGGGAAAGGGAAGGACAUUACUGAAGAAGGAUUGAAGUCAUUGGGAAGUUUUAGUGAAAUAAAAGAAAGUGAGGUGGUUGUAGAUAUUCAGGAUUUUGAAAAUCAAGAGAACACAGCUAAAGCUACAGGUUCAGAGAGCAAAAAGCAAAUGAAGCCAGAAGAGGUGGUUAUCAUUCAAGAGGAAAAGCCUACUGUUCUCAUUCAAUCAGACAGCAUUAUCAUUCAGCCUGACAGCAGUGUUGGAAUACCUGUAGAUCAAGUGAAUGACAACACCUCAGAGAAUCAUGGAGGUUAUAAAAUGUUUACUAGAGGAAGUCGGCCAUCAUCUACCAAACACCCUGUCGGACUGGAAAUUUCUGAUCAGUCAGAUCCACUUUAUAAUUACCAGAAAAACAAGGAUGAGACAAUCUUCUACAGCUCCCACACACUCCAAGAGAAAUCUCUAAAACACUGUCAGAAAUUCAACAAACUUUUAAAGGAAGUUAUUCUCUCCAGCUCACCAUUCAUCAAUUAUGAAUUGCCUUAUCUGGAGACAGAGGAAGGGUCUAUGUGCAGUAACAGGAAAUUCUUUCCUGAGGAGAUUUACUGGUCCAAUUAUUUUGAGUCAGAGAAUCAGCAGGAGAAGAAAAAGAGUAAGAACAUUGAUUACCAGCCACCAGUUAAGAAGCCAGUGUUGGAGUGGUCCAGAGUGGAGGUGGUAGAGGCCCACCCAUUAGUGGUCAGUCAGCUUUGUCUGCCUAUCAAUGACAAGACAAUGCAGGACAUGCUGGCUGAUUUUAGAGCAAGAGGAGGGAGAUUAAAACUGAACUAUGACAAGCUACCCAAGGGACCUGUGAUAUCAUAUGACACAAAAAUCACUGCAUCUUCUAGUGAUAAACCUGUUGUUCAGAAUGGUACACUUAAACCUGCAGAAGUAGACAGUCCCAAAAAGACACCUGCCAAGAUUGACUGUCUAGACUUUGCACAGCAUCAGAGAUUGGUUGUUCUACUCAGCAGUUAUUCUGAGAAGUCAGAAAACCACCCACUGCCUUGUCUUCCUCCUCAACUGGUUACAAUGGAGUUUUAUGGAAGUCAGGACAUAACACUUGGUGGAUUCCUUGAGAAGUUCUGUUUCAGGGAGUCAUACUCCUGUCAGCCCAACACAUGCACUUCAGCAACCUGUGACAUCCCUAUGUUGGACCAUGUCAGAAGGAUCAUCAACAGCAAUGGUGCCAUUUAUAUUUCCUUGAGAAAACUCCCCAACUGUGUCCCUGGGGGUGAGAAAGCACUGAUGAUGUGGAACUGGUGUAGGAAAUGUAGACAGGCCACACCUCUUGUUCCCAUGAGUAUGGACAGCUGGAACAUGUCCUUUGCCAAGUACCUGGAGCUUCGUUUCCAUGCUGCCUCAUUUGUCAGAAGGGUGGGCUCAGAACCUUGUAGUCACUCCCUACAUCAUUUCUUCAGUCAGUACUUUGGACAUCGGAACAUUGUAGCUACCUUCAAAUACUACCCAAUUAGCAGAAAAGAGAUUGUUCUUCCCCCACCAAUCAUAAGCAUUGAAGAUGGAAUGCAGAAAUCUCAUUGGACAAGACUCAAAGAUGAAGUCAGAUCCCUAACUUCUAAAUGCACAGAUAUGUUUGCUUCCAUUCACACCACCAUUGUGAACACUAAUUGUGAUACGCAUAAUGAGACUCUGAGUAAACUCAUCACAGACUACAAGGCCAUCAUUCCAACAGAGAAAGGCAGAAUAAAAGAUUUGGCAGAUAACACAAGACAAUUACUAGCAGAUAUCUGGGUAGAUAUUGACAGUGGCACUGAUUCUAAAGAUGUAACAGAAAAACUUUAUGUAAUGCAGGAUAAUGUUGUUAGAAUAAAACGACUAAUAGCAGAUGCCAUACAGAACUGGAACCUCAAGUUACAAGAGCUGAUAACCCAACAAAAGAAAUUCAACAAACAGGCCAGAAAGGAGGCAACACCACCCCCACAAGAAGAUGACAGCAAACUGAGUACAUCAUCUUCCUCUCGGCAGUUUGGGAUUGAGGAUUCACAGUCUACUGCAGAAUUUACAGAGAUAGAUGCUUCCCAGGAAGUGGAUCCAGAUUCCAGAGCUUCCUCUAUGCCAGUGAAAAUUAAUGAUCCAGUAGAAUCCAACUUCAAAGAGACAUUCAUCAGUGAUUUUAUCUUCGUAGAUGAAGACUAUGCCCUGUCUACGGAGAGCAACCAAUACAGUGUGACCCCAGGAAUUGAUGCAGGUAUAUUAGAGGAUGCAUGUGAAAUGAAACCCCUGUCAGGGGACACUACUCAGUAUGUGGUGGUACAUUAUGCAGAAGAUGCCAAGGAUUUAGAGAAAUCCAGUGAUCAAGUAUUGACAUCACAGGAAGUGGAGGGAACCAAUGAUGAGGACCAGCUUAAGGUCAACAAGUCAAAAAGUAGUGUAAAGAAAGUUGGUUCAUCAGAUGAUAUACUUGAUGGACAAAGGAUUGAUAAAAUAACAAACAUCAAAAGUCGGGUCACAAACUUUCUGGCAGGAUCUAGCAUUCCAAAUACUCUGAAGGUAAAUUAUGGAGAACAUCAUCAGCUGCCUGUUGGGAAAGUGCCAGUGUUGGUCUAUGAUGAGGAACCCAGUUCAAUCAUUGCAUAUGCACUAGGAUCACAUGAAUAUUUUGCAAAACUACAGGAAAUUCAAGCUUCCUUUACACAGAGAGAGACUACUCAUAACAGGGAUUCCAAAUUGCCCAAAUCUGGUGAUCAGGACACUGCCUCUAUUGACAGUUCUGAGCCAGGAAGAAAACCAGGAUCUGGAGUCUUAUCUUUUCUAAGAGGGUCAAGUUCACGAGAUCCCAGUCCCAGACCCCCGAGAAAGCCUGAGUAUGUGGACACAGUGAAAUACACACCCAAAAUAGAUCAGGAUAGUGUAGAAAUAGAUGAUCAGGAUGGAUUUUCCAUUUACACAACUAGUAUGUCAUCUGAUACAGAAAAAGGUCGCACCAACAGACAGACAGCCCUAGUUCACAUCCAGCUACAAUUCGCUGAUAACACAGCCAAGUUCUACUGUAAAUUCUACUUUGCUGAGCAGUUUCGACUGUUAAGAAAAAAGAUUUUUCCUGAAGGAGAGGAAAUGUUUAUUCGCUCUCUCAGUAGAUGUAAAGUAUGGGAAGCCAAGGGAGGUAAAUCAGGCUCUGCUUUCUGCAAAACGCAUGACAACAGAUUUAUCCUCAAGCAAAUGUCUGGUACAGAGGUGGAGAUUUUUGAGAAGUUUGGAUUCGAAUAUUUCCUGUACAUUCACAAGUGCCAUAUGGAACAAAGACCGACAGCUCUUGCCAAGAUAGUUGGUGCCUUCAGGAUUGGUUUUCGCAACAGCCAGACCAAUAGUGACUUGAAGCAGGACUUGUUAGUGAUGGAGAACCUGUUCUACAACCGUAAUAUUUCACAGACAUUUGACCUUAAGGGCUCCAUGAGAAACCGUUUAGUGAACAUGUCCCGAGGUCGGAAGCCCGAGCAGGAGAUGGUGUUACUUGAUGAAAAUCUCCUUAAGUUGAGUGUGGAUGCCCCAUUGUAUGUUUACCCUCAUUCGAAGACUGUUUUAAAUCGGGCGAUAGAGAGAGACUCAGAGUUUCUGGCCAAUAACUUUGUAAUGGAUUACUCACUCCUUGUUGGCAUUGAUGAGGACAAAAAAGAACUUGUUAUAGGCAUAAUAGAUUAUAUUCGAACAUUCACAUGGGAUAAAAAGUUGGAGACAUUAAUCAAAUCAACAGGAGGAAAGCAACCCACAGUAGUGUCCCCUGACAUCUAUAGGACAAGGUUCCUAGAAGCCAUGGGUAGGUACUUCCUUCCUGUUCCAGACCAAUGGAGCUUCCUGGGUAGAGAGAUCAAUUACUAAACACUGUUACAGGAACUAGCUAAAGAAAAUACUUCCCUUUCUUAUUGAUGGACCAGGAAACAGAAAAUGCAUAAUCAUUUUGACAGACAAAAUAAAAUUUCCUUCUCUUGAUGAAGAAUAUGGGACCAAGAUUUAAACCACAAAGUGUUCAGCAGCAAAUUGUGUCUCUGUUCCAGAAUAACUCAGAACUCAUAUCAAAUUUAGAUAUCAUUUGUGAUCUGGUAUUUAUGAGGUCACAUGUUUACUGGGUAUUAAGGACAAAUUCAUCAUUUGAAAAUGAAUUUUGUGUCAGCAAGGUCUGUGAUACUCAAUUCUGUGCCAAAUUUUAAACAGAAUACUUCAGACAUUAUAUUUUGUAAUUUAAUCAUGUAACUAUAUAUGUACUUGUCUACUUGUCUAUCCCACAAGGUCAAGGGCAUCACUUUCUUGCAAUUUUCCCUUGCCGAUAUACAAGACAUGACAAUUAUCUUGGCCUCCAUAUCCAGUUAAAUCAUGAUGUGAAGGAUGUUGUUUUUUUAAAAGGAAUCCAGUAAUUUACUAUGACCUAACCAUAAAUUCUCUUAGUAAUUUACACACAGUAUGAAAGAUAACCUAUACUUCAAAAUCCCAGAUGUCAAUGAUAUACCAGUACAUGUAUUUGUGAACAAACUUGAUGAAUAAUGACAGAAUAUUUCAAGAGGGCUGGGUGGUCGUGGCCAUUUUUAGACUAUAUUGAUCUCCUUUAGAAGAAGAGUUCCAUAUAAAGAUAUACAAAAAUGAUCAAAUUUUAAAACUAAAAUGUAUGAAUUUUUUCUUUGCCAAAUGAUAGUUGACAGCUUAAGAUAUCAUUUCUAAAAAAAUAAGUUAUAUCUGAUGGUUAAUUUGUUGACCCCCCAGCCUCCUUAAUGAUAAAGUCUUAAAUCAACAUUUUUGCUUGAAAUUAGAUUUGUUUAGAGGACAUUUUAUGGUAAAUUUUCUGUAUAAAAUAAUGGCCAUAGUGUAUGUGAUUUUCUUAGUCUACUUUUAUAUGUAUACAACAUGUGUUAAUAUUGUUAUCCUUGCUUUAUUGAAGCAAAAAAUGCUAUUUCCUAUUGAAGUGUCAGCUUUUUCACUCUGUAUGAUACAUUCCUAUAAAAAUUUAAUUUGGAAAGUGUGCAAUCAUUUCAAAAUUGCUAAAUAUGUAAGAUGAAUUCCAUGUAUUAUAAUAAAGGUGAAUGUAAUUUG